AUGUUCUACGCCCUGCUCGCAUGGGUUGCGGCCACGUCCUUGCCGCGACUCCUUCUUGUCGCUGGCGCUCCAUUCGACGCCCCUGAAGACGAAGAGCUGUGGUCGCUGGGCGCGGGUCACACGCCCCACUACAGCGAGCGACUCGUGACCGAGGGGGAGCCCUUCUCGCUCAGCUGCCGGCUGCGUCCAGGGCUGGACGCCGGGUCGUGGCUCAAGGACGGCCGCAGUAUCGACGCAGCCGCCGGGUACGAGUUGCGGGAGCAGCCCGCCAGCGGAACUUCGGAGGAGAGGGUACUAACGCUGACCGUGCGAGAUGCUCAGGUGUCCCACACUGGCGAAUACAGCUGCGUAAAUGGUCUGCCCUUUCGUUACCACCACGUGAUCAUCAUGCCUAAGGAAAGCAGCAGGGACCUUGGAAAUCCGCGGGAAUUCAACCGCUGCAUCACACUGAGGCUCAACGAGACGUUGGAGAUCCCGUGUGAUCUGCGCAAGGGUGACCCAGCAGAGGUACGUUGGUACCGUGACGGGCGAGCGGUCGGUCUGGUCGGUGACUCCCGCCUGAAGUUGAGGUCCGACGGAGCGCUGGUCAUCGACGCGGCCAGCCACACCGACACCGGUGCCUACCGCUGCCGCUCGGGGACGCGCGAGUCUCCUUUGGUCAUCGUGGUGUCGCCCUUGCACAUCGAGACCAGCUCGGAGACGCGGGUCGUGGACGCCGGAGCCACGGUUAAUAUUGAUUGCAAGGUGGUCGGCGGCACCAAUACCGCGCGUCUCAGCUGGCUCGUGGGCGGCGUCCCGCUCGCGUCGUCGGGGUCCCGGGCACGGCUUUCGGGAUUCGCCGGCGUCCGCGACUCGCUGCUCACGCUGUCCGACGUGGCGCCGUCCGACAGCGGCGAGUACACGUGCCGGGCCCUGGACGGACGGUGCCCGCGGGCCGCCGCGGCCUCGACCAGCCUGCACGUGUGGCCGCACGGGGUGCACACCAACGAGGAACUGCCCGGCGCCGGGAUGCUCAUCAGGCCGUUUGACGCACAGCUGACGCUGUCCUGCUGGCUGCCGGACGCCGUGGAGAGCGCAUUCAACUGGAGCAAAGAUGGCGUCCCUUUGACAAACGGAGACCGCGUGUCCACCACUGGUGGCACCCUGACAGUGAAACAUCCGGGAGAAAGCGAUGCCGGAGUCUACGAGUGCACGCUCAGUGACUCCAACAUUAAAGUGUCCAUACAGGUCCGCUACAAAGUGUUCUGUUACCUGGACUGGGAAGCCAGUGUGCCCGAGCCCUCGUACUGGAUUUUCGGCAAGCCCGCGCGCCUUGCCGUGCAGCUGACCGGAUGGCCGCCGGCGCGCAUUGUCUGGUUGCGCGACGGGGUGGUGCUGUCGCCCUCGGAUCGCGUCCACCUCGAGGCCCACAACAACGUCUCCAAGGCCGUCCUUGUAGUCGAGGACGCAGUGACUGCCGACAGGGGCAACUACAGCUGCCUCGCCAGCAACGGUUUCGACGCCGACCGCUUCGAUGUAAUGGUCCGCGUACGCAGCAGGUACGCGUUUAUGAUUCCCCUGUCGGGUAUCGGCAUCGAGGUCUGCCUGCUGGUGUCCAUCAUCGCGUGUUCCGAGCUGCGCAGGCGCCGAUCCAGGGAGCGCCACCGCCGGGCGCGGGAGGCAGCGCCGCCAGCCGCUGCACCUGUGCAGGCUCGAGGCGCGGGAAAGCGCGAAUGACGCGAUUGUGCUUGUUUCUUUUUUAUUUUCUCUGUUGUGUUUUCGCAAAAAUGUUUGCAGAGGACAAGUAAAAAUAAUAAAGUCGUGUAAUAUUGGG